AUGGAGAGCCUCUCUGGGGAGGCCGCGGAAUCCCCUGCACAUGCGGCUGCUACAGCCCCCUCCCGUCAGUCCGACCCCAUAACUGAGCGAACGGCUACAUCAGCAGCCGCCGCUCGCUCUGUCUAUACCCCUCACCUUUCUGCUGGUGGGGGCACCUCGCUAGUCCAGCCUCCACCGCUGGCUGCAGCGCCUGCAGCGCCUCCACCCCCUCCUUGUGGGCUUCCGCGACCUCCGUCCAGCUUCGCAACAAGAGUGGUGGCGGCACCUGUAGCAGCAGCAGAAGAGGAAAUUGCAGCCUUGAUUAGCGCGCGAGACACCCGAACGGCCGCAAAUCUACUCCUUGAAAAACUCAAGGCACGUAGGCGAGGGGCUUUCGACUUCCUGAUGCGUUCGCUGUCGAAGCUGCAACCUCCAUGGCCGCCUCUGCGCUGUCAAACUGCUGUUGCAAUUUCGCGUAUUGCCAGUUCGCUUUGCAUUUCCUGCACGUACGGGGAUGCAAUUUUGUGCUUGCAGCAACCGCCUGCGAAAGCUCUAGCGCCCGAUGUCUAUCUGCGAUGGAUGGCUAUUCGCUACUUCUGCCUUCUGCGACUCCGCGAUUAUGCAGUAGCUGCUGAGGAGGUCGCCUCCCUGGGGGACUUAUGCGCGCCUUACUGGCAAUACGAGUCGCACCCUCAUCUUUACCCCGGACGAAGGCAGGGCAGCUCUCACGGAGCUUAGGGAACCUUGCCUGCAGCAGGGGGCAGCUUGGUGCCGUUUAGUUUGAGGCUUUUGUUCGCGUUUGGGCCUCACCUUUGGGGAUCCUCCGUUGACUCUAUUUCGGCGCUUGCAUUGCUGCUGCAGCACUGCAAGCAGCAACUGAAGGAAGCGGCGGCGGGGGGGGCAGACGCUGCAGGGAUUGCUUCAACUGCAGCAGAGGCAGCUGCAGGUAGUGGUGAUCGUCCAACGGAUUUGCAGCGGCUGUGGAAGGCCAGACUCCUCAGGACUGGAUGCCUCCUCGCCCUCGUUCUCAGCGCUGCCAACUACCCUGAGAUGGGGUGCACGGACUGUGCGGAGCAGUACUUUUCGUACGCCGACUGCGUGGGGACCCCCGACACCGCCCUUAGCAGCACCAACCACGGUCUGCUCCUCCUAUUCAAUCGGCGCAUUGCGCCGGCCGUAGACGCGUUCGAGGCCGCUGUGCAUGCAUGCGGAUCGUCAAGCCUUGUGUCCCCCUUGUCCGUGGCAGCAAUGCCGAUGAAUGGCUGCGAGGGGCCUCUGGGAAGUCCUACGCCUUCCGCCGCCGAGGGGCGUGAUCCUUGGAAGACGGCGUGCGACAUGUUCUGCCCGCCUGCGCAUGCAGUGUGUUGCAAUAACGCGGCAGUCGCCAGAUUUUACAGCAAGCGCCUCGCAGAUGCGACUGCAGCUCUUGAAGGACUCGUUCACGGAAAUCCAGUGAGCAGCGACUCCCCAGCAGGGAAAUGGGCAGAAAUUUCAGGGCUCGCUGGUCCUUUUGGGGGCCCCUGCCCAGCGCUUCGCCUGCUGUCAGUACACCCGGCAGCAGUGCACAAAGAAGUUCCACAUCCCCGUAGCAUCGAACGCUGCGUCCUGUGUGCUGCAGGAUGGCGUGUUUCCGUCGAGCGUCCGCAACUUGAUAACGCUGUACGAGUUCGCAGCCAACAGAGAGUCCUGCCUCGCACUGCUGCAGGACCUCCUGCAAACGGCAGCCCGGGGAGACCCCCAGAUACAGCAGCUCUUAACGGGCAACUAGCUUGCGCCACAGCAGAAGCAGCAGCAGCGACUGUUUUUCGAGAUCCUCUAAUAAAGCCUGGCUAG